UGUCAACCAACCAGAUCUAUUUAGCCUAAUGAAAUGAAUGAGCUGACAUGCUCGCUGCAGUGAUUACAAGCAUUACUGAUGCAAACAGACCCAUUAAAGCACAAGAAAACAAUAACAACUCACAGUUCAGGUGUUAGUCACUGUAGUAAAAGUCAGUCAAGUUGGGAAAGAUUAUUUGAAUUUUGGUGGUAAUAUUACCGUUCAAUUUACAUUUAUAGACACCAAAUCACAGACUGAGCCCUUAGUUCAGGUUGUAUGCCAAUAAAUUUGGUGACACUUUAAAAAGCCAUAAUAUUUUCAGCCAACAGAUGUCAUUAUAGAUCAACUGACUAUUCAUUUACUACAAAGUAGAAAACUAAUGCAGGACGCAAAAAAAUCAAUCCUACAGGUUAUCAUGUGUAGCAGCAGGUCCAAACAUGAAAGAUUUAAGUUCAUUUCUGAGUGAGAAAAGUGGCUGCCUGUGUGAGCUACCAAUCCAUUGCUUUUAUCCAGUUCAAGUGAGCUAUGAACUACAUUUCCCAGAAUGCACUGAGCAGGGUUAGAGGUUACUUAGACGUGUGUUAGUUGUCCACAGCACAAGUGCACCCUUCUUUCACUGAAACAUAAGACCCUUGCACUCAAUAUUGUGCAAUAUUCGUUAUCUCCCACACACACAUAUAGGUGAGUGCUGGUGGUGUGCCAGUGUUCUCUCAGUGUGUAUGAGCGACAGCAGCACUGCCGCUGUGCGGAACAAUAAUCCUGCUGGAAAUAAGCAUCCUGUGCCGCUGGACUGCUGCGGAGGACUCGGCAACGUCGACUAUUCGAAGAUGGACUUGACGCUGAUGGAAGAGCUCCUGAAACUCAUCGACUUUCAUGACUCCAGCUUUUGUAUCGCUGUGAUCGCCAUCAUUUUCAACCCUUUCUUCUGGAAUGUGGUGGCGAGAUGGGAGCAUCGCACACAGAGACUCUCCAGGCUCUUUGGCAGCCCCUACCUGGCCUGUUACUGCCUGGGCUUCGUCAUCAUUCUGCUCAACGUGUACCGCAGCCACAGUAUGACGGUGGCGAUGAAGGCCCAGGCCAGGUGGGAGUUGAUGGACAGGACAGAUGUCUUCUACGCUGGCGUAACUCUAAUGGUGCUGGGCACUCUGCUGGUGGUCAGCAGCUUCCUGUCUCUGGGAUUCACUGGAACCUUCUUAGGUGAUUACUUUGGCAUCCUGAUGGAUGAGAAGGUGACAGGUUUUCCCUUCAACAUCACAGAGAACCCGAUGUACUGGGGCAGCACUGCCAACUACCUCGGCCUGGCACUCAUUUCCUCAACAACUGAGAAUACUCCAUCUGCUAAUAAGGACCAUGGGAUAUGGACAAAAGCUCUAGAACAGUGGUGCCAGUCCUGUUGGUCUCCUCCUGACUGCCAUAGUAGCUGUAGCUUACAAGGUGGCGAUAAGAUUUGAGGGACCAUUCACCGAGCACAUCUAUCAGGAGAGGAGUCAGCGCUGCAAGCAUGAAUAAUCACCUCCCUCCCAGGCACUUCCUGCUGCGGGUCUGGCUGAGGAUUCCCGUCCUGUCGCGUGGACCGGCAGACUGACGACAGGCAGACUUACCAACAGCCUUGAUCAUUAAUCCACCUCCAGUGUGGAUUCAAAGUACAGUCACACUGCAGCUGCAAGUGUUGCAUUUUUUUAAUUUUGUUUCAUGCUCUUUCAAAGAAUUUGGAAGCUACAUGGAGCCAUUUUUCUGAUAUAAUUUUGGACCACAUGGUUAUGACAUACAUUAAGCAAAGGAUGCUUAUUUGCUUUUUUUGUUGAGAAUAUUGACACCACUCUCGUCUGUGAGCUAAGAAUGGAGCUAGAGUCAGGAGGUGAUUAGCUUAGCUUAGCCAUGCAGCCGGCAUGAAGUUGACGGGCAAUUACCACAAUAUGCUGAACCUCUUAACCACCUCAGCAGAUGACAUGAAGAAAUAGAAAUACAUAGCACAAGAAGUACAUAGUUCAUGAGUGUUACAUGUUGCACAGUAAUGUUUUACAGUUCUAAGCACAAAAAAAAGCACAGGUGGCUUUGUUCCAUUUAGAUGCACCAUUGAACCAUGUCAGUCAGCCACCAUGCACAAUACCAGCACCCUGCAACAGAAGCACCUAAAUGGAAUGAAGGCAUGUUCAACAUUACACCUGUGUUUAACAAGUCACACUGUCUGCUGUGAAAAGGUCCUGUUAUGUUAAUGACCCAGUGAUGUUAAUGACUUGUGAUGUUGAUAACAUUCCAUAUUAUUCCUUGUUAUUUUCUGCUGUUAUGCACUGUGUCUUUCUUGACAUAAAAUGGUGCAAAUGGCUCCAUUUCAAGAUAUUAGCAAAGACUGAAAGCACGGGGAAACAGCUAGCCUAUUUCCCCAAAUAGUUUUCACUAGUUCACCACUGCCAUGAGUUCUCCAUUAAUCUGAAAUGCCACAAUUCUUAGAAAAACCCUACAUGUUGAAAAUACUGUGCUAGAUUUGAUGGUGUAACUGUAUGUCUGCACUGUGACCUCAUCCUGGGACAACUGGGGUGAGUGAAAUGUUCAUGGUGUCCUCCAAAGCAGAACAAAAAAUAAGAGUUGAGGGCCAUGUAGACUUCAGCUCAUCAAUUCUGUUCAGAGAAACAUGAUAGUUGUGUUUUUUUUUUAUUCUAUAAAACCAACACAAAUGUAAGAUAGCCUUCAACACCUCCAUUGUUGUGGUGACAGAGUUCAUGUAAUACACUGUUAUUUAAUGUUGUACACAGUAUUUAAUGUUAUGUUAUAUGAUAUUUAAUGUGAACCCUAUCAGAUUACCGCUACACCAAUAAUGGCUUUACUGUACCUAUGCAAACCCUUCCAAACUGAACAAUUCACACUGCCGGCUGAUGUACUCUGUGUCAAUGGGAUAUUUUUUAUGUAAUAAAAGAGUCAGUUAGGGUUCA